AUGGAGGUGUGUGCAGUGAUGUGCUGUUGUGUGUCAUGUUUCCCUAUUGUCACAUUGUCUUUUUCUGCUACUGUAUUUCUUCGCAAUGUCUUUAAGUACCUUCCUUUGUACCGUAAUAUUUUUGUAUUUAAUGUUUUUAUAAUCUUUGUGAAAUGUUUCUGUUUGCAUGAAGCAACUACAGUUACUCUCUUGAAAUAA